GCAAAAUCUGUUGUGUGUAUGUCUGUGUAUGUUGUACUCCAUCUGAUGCGGCUAGGACUGUAACUGGAACAAUAAAUGUUUUAUUAACUUUAUAACCGAGAGGCUGGGGCUGGACAAGCAAAGCAGGAGCCCGCGGAGACUCGUCGCAUCUCGUGUCGCGCGCAAUGCAAAUCGCAGAAGACAGUGGCCGCCACUUCAUGAACCCGACUUGCUAGCUGGCUAAUGCUUGCUAGCUGAGCUGCUCAGCAACAAUGUCCAGUCUCCCACAAAAUAACUUGAAGGAACAGCUGGCGAGGCACAGCACCAGUGCUCAAACCAAGCUGUCGCUCGCUAAACCCAAACCGGGGGCCUUUUCUUUCAAAAAGAAGUCCUCCUCAGGUACCACCAAGGUCGAAGUCCCUUCCAAGGUAAUCGGCUCAAAUGUUUUGGCAAACAGGAACGUCAAUGUCCAUAAGAACAGUUUGGUGACUAAAUCUCCUUUGACAUUUUCAAACAAGCCUGAAAGACCUCAGAAAUCCCAAAUCAACAGCUUCUUCCCUGUAAGUUCAAAAUGCAAGUCAGACUCCAUCAGCCCAACAGUUAGCCCAUCCCCUGCAUCUCAGACUCCUUCAGCAGUCUCUGGUAUUAAGGUGACCCCAGCUCCAACUAAAUAUGAGAGCCCGGUUUGUAGUGGAAAUGGGAUUGAUUCAACAUGUCUGAAUGCAUCUAUUGGAUUCCCAAUAGACGACUGGGAUGACUUGGAUGACUUUGAAAUGCCUGCCAAAGCAAAAAAUGAUUCUUUCAGUUCAGAAAUAUCGGGGAAGAACAGCAAGCCUCUGUCGUGUCCUGAUGAAGAAAAAGCCGGAUCCUCUGGGAAGCUAGAUCAUGACAACUCCUCUGUGACAUCAGAGUUGAGCAACACCAUCGAUGGACAAUCUUCUAUGGAAAAACAUGAGCUAGAGUUGAACAAAGCCGCAGUUUUACCAGUAGAGUUUGAGGAUUCCCCCGUUAAAAUGACCAGAAGACGUCCUUUUGUGUCUCUAAAGUCUGCUGUGAGUGAGAGUGAGGAUGAGGACACUGAUGCAUCUGAAGUUGUUAAUGGAAGGAACAACAGUAAUAAAACCUGUCUCGACCCAAAGGUGAUAGAGCUUGAUGACAAGUCGGACACUGAAGAUGACCUCGAUUACAUUCCUCCAUCACCAGUCCCUGAUGACAUCUCUUAUACAACCUCUGUAUAUGAGACAAAAACUAAAGCAGCUGCUCCUCAAAGUAGAAACAAUCCAGACCCAUCAAAGAGCUCCAUCACAACAUUACACAAACCGUCUGAUGAUCGUCCGAAAGACAGCACAAAUGACCAACUCUACAGUCUCAUGGAGUCCAUUUGUUCUCUGGUUGAUUUAAUCCCUGAACAUGAGCUAAUCGCUCUGUCCUGUGGAAAUGAACUUUUACUGAAGAGAGCUCUAAGGAAGAGGAUUCUUGCGACUGGUGGCGACUCUUUGUUUAGGAUGCAGCAGCCAGACAGCACAGUGAUUUCUGAGCACAGCUUUAGAGAAUCAUCGUCUUCUAACUAUGGCACAUCACACAUUUUGUCCUCCAGUAGCUCUGUGCCUGUGGACUCAAAGAAGCUUCCUCAGCUCAGGAGAUCUUCAGUCAUCUCUGUGGACUACGACUCCGAUCACUCCGAUACUGUGAUUAAUUUGGAGUCCCGGCAUAGAAAGGACAGCAAGACAAUAUGCGUGGAAAAUGACAGUGUCUGCGAUUCUCCAUCCGCCUACAGCCUCCCAAAACCUUCUUUUAACUUCUCAGAGAAAACAAACAGAAAUCUUGACAGCUCAGAUCUCUUCUUCACACCCAAGAAGCCGGAAACUGUCGUGCAGAAUAAAUCUAACAGCCGAGGGUUUACAGAUGCACAAGAAAUACAAUCAAAUGAGUUUUACAUUGACGACUUUGACAUAGAUGACUUGAAUGAGUGUGACAUCCCUGAUUACUUUGACAAGCCCUCCACAUCCACAACACAAAAAUCCAACGCAGUAACUACGACUGUGAAAGAGGGGGGAACAGGCACCUUUUCAUGGGAGAAGAAACCAACGACGCCUGCGUCUGUACCAAAACCUUCAAAGACAAUGUGCUCCCCAGAGCCCACCUUCAAAAACCCAGCUCAUGACCGCUUCAGAGGGUUCAACUUCCCCCAUACGCAAGAGAUGAUGAAGAUCUUUCACAAGCGUUUUGGACUUCACCAGUUCAGGUUUAAUCAGCUAGAAGCAAUUAACGCCACGAUUCUGGGAGAAGACACGUUUGUUUUGAUGCCCACAGGUGGGGGUAAAAGCUUGUGCUACCAGCUGCCCGCUUGCAUCUCCCCAGGAGUCUCUGUGGUUAUUUCCCCCCUCAAGUCACUUAUUGUAGACCAGAUCCAGAAACUUACCACCCUAGAUAUUCCAGCGACAAGUCUGUCUGGGGACAGAAGUGACAGUGAAGCGGGAAGAAUUUAUAUGCAGCUAUCCCGGAAGGAGCCUAUUAUUAAACUCCUCUAUGUCACACCUGAAAAGGUCAGUGCAAGUAACAAGUUAAUCUCCGCCAUGCAGAACCUGUAUGAACGACGCCUUCUGGCCCGUUUCGUCAUAGAUGAGGCCCAUUGUGUCAGUCAGUGGGGCCACGAUUUCCGUCCAGACUACAAAAGGCUGCAUGAACUGCGUCAGAAGUUCCCCGGUGUACCGAUGAUGGCUCUGACGGCCACUGCCACCCCGCGUGUGCAGAAAGACAUCCUCAAUCAGCUGAACAUGACUCGACCACAAGUGUUUACCAUGAGCUUCAACAGAACAAACCUGAAGUACUCUGUGCUGCCAAAGAAGCCCAAAAAGGUUGACGAGGACUGCAUCAACUGGAUCAAGAAGCACUACCCACGUGACUCUGGCAUCGUGUACUGUCUGUCUCGUAACGACUGUGACGCCAUGGCGGAGAGUCUGCAGAGGGCCGGGAUAUUAGCUCUGUCGUAUCACGCAGGACUGAAGGACACUGACAGAGAAUAUGUGCAGAGCAAAUGGAUCAAUCAGGACGGUUGCCAGGUCAUCUGCGCCACCAUAGCCUUCGGCAUGGGCAUCGACAAGCCGGACGUGCGCUACGUGAUCCACGCUAGUCUACCUAAGUCAGUGGAGGGUUACUACCAGGAGUCGGGGAGAGCUGGCAGGGACGGAGAAAUCUCUCACUGCAUACUCUUCUAUUCCUACACUGACGUUGUCCGCAUCAAGAGGAUUAUAAGCAUGGACAGAGAAGGCGACCGACACGCCAAGGCAACUCAUUUCAACAACCUGCACAGCAUGGUGCACUUCUGUGAGAACGUGAUGGAGUGCAGGAGAAUCGAGCUGCUCGCGUACUUCGGGGAGUACAAGUUCAACAGAAGCUUCUGUAAGGACAAUCCAGACGUCAGCUGUGACAACUGUAGCAAGCCCAACCAAUACAAGAUGAGAAAUGUAACUGAAGAUGUGAAGAACAUUGUGAGGUUUGUCCAGGAAAACUGUGAGAAAGUUGGAGCGAGGUUUGGCAAGACUGCCAAGCAAAGCCGACUCACGCUGAACAUGCUCGUGGAUAUCUUCAUAGGGUCUAAAUCUGCCAAAAUACAGACGGGGAUGUUUGGGAUGGGAGGAGCUUACUCCAGGCAUAACGCUGACCGUCUCUUCAAAAAACUGGUUCUGGAUAACAUCCUGGUUGAGGACCUCUACAUCACUAACAACGGCCAAGCUGUGUCUUAUAUCUCUGCUGGAACAAAAGCCAUGAACGUUCUGUCUGGACAAAUGCAGGUGGACUUCUAUGACACGGAGAGUGCAUCUACGAUCAGAAAACACAAAGCUGCUGUGUCUAAGAACGUCUCCCAGAGGGAAAAGAAGGUUCAGGAGUGUCUGAAGGAGCUGACAGAUCUGUGCAAGCAGCUGGGGAAAGCAUUUGGCAUUCACUAUUAUAACAUCUUCUCUACAGCCACCUUGAAGAAGAUAGCUGAGAGUCUCUCUUCUGAUGCUGAAGCCCUGCUACAAAUCGACGGUGUGACAGAAGAUAAACUGGAGAAGUACGGAGCAGAAGUCAUUAAGGUCUUAGAGAAAUACUCUGAGUGGCAGCUUCCCGAGCAACCGACUGAAAGUGCUCAAGACGGGUGGAUAGACACGACACGAGGCCGAACACACGGCGGAUACGAUGAUGAGGACGACAUGGAGUCGUCCAACUACUUCCAUAGUGAAGCUCCAAAGGGACAGAAGAGAAAGAAAGCUCCAUUCUUCAAGUAUUCUAAGAAGAGAAAAGGAUAUAACAACUCAAGCUACAGCUCCAAAGGUCGUGGCAACAGCGGCAAUAAAUCUUGGUCGUCCUCCAGCUCCAGAGGUGGAUCUAAUUCUGCAGGUCGAGGGUCCAGGAGCUCAGCGUCAGAUGCAUCAGCAGGAAGGAGACCAGGAUUAAUGGCGGCUCCUCUGCCUCAGAGCAACCAGAGACCCUUCCUGAAGCCGACCUAUGCACACAUGAGCUAGAAGCUUGUGAACGUACUUUUUCACUACAUUUUAUUGUUGUGAAGUAUUUGUUAUACCACCACUGUUUAAUGAAGCUGCUAAAAUUAUAUAUAUAUAGGGUCUGUACAGUUUCUAUUGUUUCCUUGUAACGUUGUAACUCUGCUCGUUUUUGAUGUAUGUCUUAUUUUUUUUUCUAUAAUAAAGAAAUUAAAAAUAGUUUUUAUAAUUGUU